ACAACUCCCAUACUGCAUCUUUGAGGGUUUCUCAUGAAGAGGCGGGGCGAAGUGAGGUGAGAGUGCAAAGGCGAACGUUCAAUUGUAUCACAACAGCACAUAUGGCAUCAUUUGGAUGGAAGCGGAAAGCUGGAGAGAAGGUGUCUAAAUUGGCAGUUCAGCAAUUUGAGGCCAAUGAGACUGAUAAUGCACAGCUGUCUGAAAGUGGAGAGGUAGACUGGCUACAUGGUAUAAAGCGCCGCAGAGAAGUUUUACUGGAGGACUGUGCUGCGAAGAGCAAAAGGCUAAAGGAGGAAGGUGCAUUCUUGGUGCAGAAUGGCAGGCACUGGGAAGCAAUUGGAAAGUUUGAUGAAGCAAUCCAGUUAACUCCUGCAGAUGCUACUCUGUAUGAAAUGAAAUCACAGGUUUUAAUGAUCCUGCAUGAAGUCUUUCCUGCAGUCCAGGCCGCAGAGACAGCAGUACGACUUAACCCUCGGUGGUGGGAGGCCUGGCAAACCCUUGGACGUGCUCAGUUGAACUUAGGAGAGAUAAACUUGGCACUGAAGAGUUUUCAGAUUGCAAUCCACAUCUUCCCUGGUGAUCGCUCCCUAUGGGAAGAUGAUCUAUCUUGGGCUCAACAUCUCAAAGAGGAAAAGAGAGCAGUGGAAGAACGAGGGAGCCUUAAGGAACAAGACAAAAAAGAGAUAACAGUUUCACCAGCACUCAUUCCAGACUAUGACUUUGAAAGUGAUGAGGUGGUUGCUGCCUGUGUUGCUAUAGCUGAAAAGCAAAAUGAAACUUUGCAAAAGAAGUCAACUGCUGUCUUUGUAGCCUUGAAUGGCUCUGUGGAAGUGGUGAGCAAUGAAACUCAAAGCUGCGAGACAGUUGUUGACAGACAGUUUGUCAGUGCAAGGAUGCUGCACCAUCAAGUACCACAUUCAUGAGAAUGAUAGGUUUUUCAGUAUUCUAUAUAUAUAUAUAUAUAUAUAUAUAUAUAUAUAUAUAUAUAUAUAUAUAAACUGAUCAUAAUAUGAGAAUUUGCUACAUUGAAAGAGAAAAAUAUAUGUUUCUUGAAGAAAUGCUUCAUAAAGUUGACUUUAAAGGCACAUAGGGCAAUCAAAAGAUGUUUUUCUUGUUUUAUCAAGUGUUCAUUUGUGUUUGUUAUUGUAAAACUGAAUUUUUUUAAAAAUACAUUUUUAGGUAUAUAUUUCAGCUGAUCAUAGUGAACGCUUAUAGUGAGUGACACUUUCACUCCUUUCUCCUGAUAAUAUUUUUUUGGCAAGAUUUGGAUUUUUGUUGUUGUAUGUUUCUUAUACUUAUUUGGAACAGGAAAUAUGCAUAAUUGGUGUACUAGAAAACUGUGUUCCAUAAUACAUGCUAAUAGUUUCUCCCAUUUUACUACUUGUUUAAGACUUGAUAACGAAAAGCAAGUUUGUGUCCUGUAAGUCAGAUGAAAUAUGUACAUUCAAAAACACCAAAGUAUUUGAAAUAAGUAGCAACAAUCAAUUAAGGUAAGUAAAUACAUUUUUGACUCAACUGAAAAACAAAAUUAUUAAAAUACAGUUAAUUUAAUUUACAAUUUAAA